AUGGUGAGCCUUUGCAAUGCUCGCAUUGUGCCUCUCUGGCUGGGGCUGUGGCUCCUACUCUUCGUCAGGGUUCGGGGCACUUGCUUGCCAGAAGCUCGGCCGGUGGAAGAAAGGCGAAACCUGACAGAUUCCCAAGGCAGAUCGCUGCCCGUGGGAAUGAAUCACGGCUUCAAUGAGAUCUCGGAAAUCGUCACUCGCAUUGCUGGCAUGCUGAUUCAGGAUGCGUUGGGUUAUAAUGUGCACAUUAACCCACGCUCUGGCGGGGAAAGAGCUUUGUAUUACCUUGCUGGCUGUGAUCAACCACAGAGCAGAACGGGCUGUAAUGACGGUCCCAACCAGUACCACAUCGCGCUGAUACCCAUUUCCCAGCGUCAUUGGGACACGUUGACGGUCUUCAAGUCGAAGAAGCCAGAAAAAGUUGGGACCGGAAUAGGGUAUGAGGCAAUUGCCACCUUGCACAUGACUGAGGAGGUGGCGCAGCAUGCCCUGCAAGAGAAGGGCCUCUCGCUUCAGUAUUACUCAAACUGGAACGCGUCAUGGUGGGACUUGUCCAAGUAUUUUGACAACUUCACAUCCAUUCCAACAUCGCAGCUCCUUGGCAAUGGAACUCCUGGCAGAGUCGAAUGGCUCAAGUGUUCCUUUAAAUUGAGGAAGAAGGAGGCAGAGCGUCUAAGAGCGCUCUGGGCUCUCACUAUCUCUCACUCGUUCGCUCUACACGUUGCUCUUGUGUUCGUUAGCUCCUCGAGGGACUUCACUCGACACGUCUGGCUUGGAGAUCCUACGUUCAUGGCUGAAUAUGUGAACAUCACCGGAGAUCUGGGUGGCCUUCACCCAAACGGCACCGGAAUAUGUCCAGAUGGCCACUGGUUUCUAUCACCAAGCUGCAGGGCGAAUCCAUCGAAAUGCGUCCCUGCUAUGUCCCGCGAAUCCUUCUCGGGCGGGGACAUGCAGCAAAUUCUCCAGAAGAGCGCCGCUUUCGACAUGCCCCUCGCCAUCGCCAGAGCGCGCCCGGAGUUUGACAGGUCCAUCGUGCUCGAGCGUCGUGUGCUCUUCUGGCUGAACCGGCCGGACCUAGAGCUGCGCGCCGCUCAGCCAGUCCCGGUUAUGUUCCCAGCCUAUGACAACGUAGCUUAUGACAGUGGAGAUUUCAGAACACUUAGCAGUGGAUUUCUCAGUGCGAAGUGGAUCUCACGUGACCUGGCAGUUCUGGCACCCAGCAUUGUGGACUUUGUCACCCGCCUGGAAAUGUCAACUUCAGUGAUCGAAGCUAUGUUCGAUCGCCUUUACAUUGAAGGCGUUUCAGACGAGGCACUAUGCCAGUGGCUUCUGAAUAAUCGCCGACACUGGACGUCGUGGAUUCCGGAUGAGACACAAUGCAUUCCGGGUUUUGGGCUUUACGAUAGUGUGAAUGGGGAAUACAUUCAGAUGCGUGGGGAAUCCGUGCAGGGAGUGGUGUGCAAGGCAUGCGAGUCCGGCCAUUCAUCGGUGCAGCAGUUCGACGACCGUGGCUACACUCACGUGUGCACAUUGUGCCCUCCAGGGACGAGCCAACCAUCCGGGGCUGCGACCUCUUGCACACGGUGUGGCUUAGGAGAAUACCAGGACAUGGCCGGAAGCAAGGCUUGCAAGCGCUGUGGGGUUGGGAGCUAUCAAGAUGAGCUGGGCGCCACAGCUUGCAAGGCUUGCAGGAACAAUACGACGACAGUGGGCCUGGGCUCGCUGUCAGCCGAGGAAUGUGGAUGCAAUGCGGACUUUAUCAACAUCGCCUCAGCCGGCCCAGCACAGUGCAAGGCGUGCCCAGCUGGCUUGGACUGCCCUCGAUCGUCCACCGUGCAGUCCUUUUUCAGCGGAGAGUCAGACUUGGGAGAGGAGUUCAUCCCGAAGAUCAAGGAAGGGUACAUGAGUCUUGCAGCAGCAGGUCUGGAGGUUUACCAAUGCGUCAACUCGGAAGCAUGUCCUGGUGGCAAGCCAGGCACCUGCAAGGGCAACAGCACCGGCGUUGCCUGCUCCGAGUGCGAGGAGGAUCAGCGGUGGAACGGAGACGAAUGCUUGCCCUGCGAGCCAUUUAUCAGGGUCGCUUGGUUCGCGGUGCUCGCGUGCGUGUGUUUGGCCAUUCUCCUGGCCCAUGGCUUCAAGUUGGACUAUGAGAUGGGGGUGAACGGCAUGCUCAUUUUCACCUUUCUGAUGCUUUUUGAGGUUGCAGGCAACUUCCUUCAGACCCUGGCCAUCGCUGGGCAAAUGACCCUGGAGUGGCCCCAGCUACUACUCGACAUCUUCUCUGUCAUGGAGGUUUUCGCUUUUGAAGCUACUGACCUCGGCAUCAGCUGCAUUGCCGGCUCGGCUCAGCUGUCUCAGUUCACUUUCCAGGUGAGCUUGUUUCCUGGUGCGCUUCUCUGGCUGGUCUGCUGCAAUCGCAUUUUGCGCUUGGUUGGCCGUGUCCGCACGGCCACGCAGCUGAUGUCCUCUUUGGGGCAGAUUGUGAUGGCCUGCUUCAGUGCAGUGAGCAAUCUCUCCCUGGUGCCCUUCAUGUGCUUUCAGCACCCGAACGGUCAGCAGAGCAACCUACAGAUGCUUAGCAUCAUCUGUGGCUCCAGCGAUCAUGCCGUAAUGCUGGUGAUGGGCUCCAGCCUGGGCGCUUUGCUUAUCGCCUUUUGGUGUGUUUGCGUGUGGCUUCUAUGGUCUCUGCCACGGUUCAGCAUGAACGAGAAGUACCACGACUAUGUCGCCGCAUCCCAGUUUCUCAUCGACAAGUUCCGCCUUGAUGCCUGGUGGUUUGGCCUUCCUCUCCUGUUGCGUGGUGCUCUCUUAUCCUUCCCCUUGAUGUUGUUCACCAACAAUCCGGCAAGCCAAGUUAUCUCGAUGACCUUUAUUCUGAUUAUUUACAUGGUGUUUUUGAGCUUGGCCUGGCCAUUCAAAGUUCCGCUCUUGAACGCCGUGGAAACCGCCUGUGGCUGGGCCUUGAUUCUGUUGAUUCUUGGAGGAGCCCUCCACAUGCCGAAGAUGGAUACAGAGAUGCUCUUGUCUGCUGCCAUCGUGACAGUAGGCUCCCUUCUUGUCGCCUUGGUCGUCCUCUUGGUUUCAGUGCUGUCUGUUGGAUGUACUGGCGUGCGCAAUUUGCGAGCCUCUGAUGCGACCAGAUUCAGAUUGCUGGAUUUGGCCAAGCUUCCAGACUAUGACGAGCUGGCCGACCUCAUCCGUGAGAGCGCCACUCAUCUUGUGGACUUGCAACAUGGCAGCCUGACCGAAGAAUUGGGCACCUUGGCGCCCUUUGAUCUCAAGCUGCUCCAUGCUUGCAUGUCAAUGGUUGUUCUCGAAGUGAUUCCCGGAGCCGAAACACUCACCAAGAAGGUGACAAGGAGUCCAAGUCGUAUUCGAAGGGCUCGCUCCAACGCGAGCUUGGGCAGUGCCCGCUCCCGCUCAGGCCUGAGCGAAGACGGUGAUCAGAGGAACCGCUCCAACCUGUCCUUGGACUCCAAGUCAGGCUUGAGUCAAGAGGAUGAGAGCCCGAUUGAGUCGCCAGCAGAAGAGGUCAAUCAAACUGUUCGGUCGACGUCUGAGCAGAUUGGUGCGCCGGGGGGUGCGCCGGGGGGUGCGCCGGAGGAAGUUCCACAUUGUGACCAGCAAGAUUACGACCUCGUCAUGGUUGAGUUUUGA